CUGCACUCAAUUCAAUCCUUCACCUCACACCCAAUAACGAACCACCACAAUGGAAGUCCAAGUAAACCCCAACGAAGAUACCGAAUGGAAUGACAUCCUCCGCAAACACGGCGUGAUCCCCGAAAAGCCCCAAGACCCGGAACCCCUCAUCCAAGAAGCGCUGAUCGAAGCCGAGCGCAAAGCCUACGAGAACCGUCUGGAGGAUAAAGAUCUCGACGAACUCGAUGCCCUAGAAGAGGCAGAGGAUGAAGAUUUUCUAAAUCAGUACCGACAAAAACGCCUCGCCGAACUAUCCACCAUCCAAACAACAUCCAUCCAUAACCAAGUCUACCCGCUCCAAAAACCCGACUACGCAAGGGAAGUCACCGAAGCCUCGCGCAAACACUACGUGCUCGUGAACCUCACCUCGUCAAGCAGCAACAACGUGGAGUCGCGGCUGCUCUCGGAGCUGUGGCGCCGCAUGGCCACGAAAUACGGCGACCUCAAGUUCUGCGAGAUGCGCGGGAAUAUGUGUAUAGAGGGGUAUCCGGAUCGCAAUACGCCGACGAUUCUCGUGUACAAGGAUGGCGAGAUCGUGAGACAAUGUGUGACGCUGAUUGGGUUGCGCGGGACCGCGACGAGAGUUGAGGAUCUCGAGAAUAUGCUUGUGGAGGUGGGCGCCUUGAAAGAAAGCGAUGUACGCUUGAAGAGACGUUCGGAUUCCUCGGACGGUGAGCGACCAGGGAAGUUUACGUCGACGACUAGGACUAAAAAGGCGAGUGUUGACGAUGACGAUGACGAUUGGGAUUAGAUACAAUACAAUAUAAUAUAAAUAUGAACGGAAUGGAAUGGAAUCAAAUCGGAGAUCAUCUCGCUUCCGCAGACAUACGUACAUACCAUACCAUACCUGGACCUGCAGAUAUAUUGAGCCACAAGGGAGAACCAGGGACGGGGAUCUCCAGAUCAAAAGCUGAACUGACAGACUCCAUUCGCCGCUAGUAUGUCAACCUUGUGGAACCUCGCAAUGCAUCUGAAUGAACCCAUCAAUCAAUCCACUGCACCGUUUUCAUUGCGGCGUCUCUAUCCAAAUGAAUGAGAAACACAGCUGUCGCAACUCGCAACUCCUGACCCAAUCUGGGCCGCUCCAAAAGCGCCCGCUCAAGCAUAGAUAAAUAUAUAUAUAUAUAUAUAUAUAUGUCCUAGGUACAUACAAGUCAUGUCGCAUCCAUCAUGGAAAAAAA